AUGGCCGCCUUCAUGUCGAGACGGCUCGCCUCGAGCUUCAUGCGCGCCCGCCCGGCACCCUCAUACCCUACCGCCUCCCGCCGUCUGGUGCGUUUCUACUCGUCCGACCCGCCGCCGCCGCCGCUGCUGCAAAAGCUCAAGGGCGACCUCAAGACGGCCAUGCGGGCCAAGGACGCCGCGCGGCUGACCGUGUUGCGCUCGAUCCUGGCCGCGACCCUCAACGCCUCCAAGACGGCGAACCCAAUCCAGACCGACGCCCAGCUCGUCGCUCUGCUGCGCAAGACGGCCAAGGCCUCCGAGGACGCCGCCGCCGAGUUCUCGGGCGCCGGCCGCGCCGACCUCGCCGACAAGGAGCAGGAGCAGAUUGUCAUUCUCAACGAGUACGUCUCGGGCAGCGGCAUCCAGGUGCUCGGCGAGGACGAGCUGCGGACUGUGGUGGCUGGCGUCGUGACGGCGCUCACCAGCGAGGGCGCCCAGAGCAAGGCCAAGUUGGGAGACGUCAUGAAGCAGCUGCUCGCUCCCAAUGGACCCCUCGAGGGCAAGAGUGUCGAGAAGGCCGAGCUAGCCAAGAUUGUCAAGGAAGUCAUUGGAUAA